AUGGCUUUCCUAAAAUUAAUGAGAGUUCUCACCCACCUCGACUCUUUCAAGCAUAAUAAGCAACUGAAGAAGACAAAGAGGCGAUUAAAACACAGGUUCUGUACAGAAGUUUACCCAGCAAUACUUACUGACUCGUCCGCUGAAACUGGCUUUUUAAAAGGGAACUGUCUUCUAGGGGUAGGAGAUUUCACUGUGAGUGACAUCAGAUUCCUCCCAGACCCUUAUGCUCUUCCUGAACAACAGAAGAAGCGCUGUUUAAGUGAGAAGGAGAAGCUGGUUUAUGCACCUCUUUUUUGAGUUGGGGGUGUGCUGUAUGACAAAGACACUGUCUAUGUUGACCUUGGUGGCAGCCACGGUUUUCAGGCAUUGGAUGAGGUGGGGUCCACCUAUGAGCUGGUCCAGAGUCACUCUACCCACUCCGUUAUUGAUGGCAAGAUGGCUUCAAGAUGAGUGACACCGUUUUCUUAUUCCAAGUCACUUGGGUGAGAGGAUAUAGAUAAUCAUGGGCUGUUGAUGCCAAAGGAGGAAAAACAAAUGGACUUGAAAACUGGUCAAAUGCAUUGGAAAGCUGUUUUUGGAAAUGAAGAUGGAUCUGGAGAUGGUGACGAUGAAGAAGAUGAUGAAAUGUCUGAAGAUGAUGGGUUGGAAAACGGCUCUAGUGAUGAGGAAGCAGACGAGGAGGAAAAUGCUGAGGUGACUGAUGAGUGUAUGACUGCUAAGGGCAUCAAACGACGGAAACUUGAGGAGUUAGAAGAAGACAGUGAAGUAGAUUUGCCAGCAUUUGCUGACAGCAACGAUGACCUUGAGAGGAGCUCAGCAGAAGAAGGGGAAGCGGAGGAAGCUGAUGAAAGCAGUGAAGAAGAGGACUGCUCUGCAGGAGAGAGGGGCAUUUCAGGAUCAAAGGCUGUUGGAGAACGUAGUAAAACAGAGCUGUCGCCAGCUAAUCACUGAAGUGACUGUGUGAAUCUGGAGAAGUCUUUGCCAAUGAAGAAAGCAGCCCUUGGCCGGGCGCCAUGGCUCGUGCCUAUAGUCCCAGCACUUUGGUAGGCCGAGGUGGGCAGAUCACAAGAUCAGGAAUUUGAGACCAG